CCGCCGGGUUCCGUGAUAAGAAACACGAAACAGGUACUCUGGAGUACCCAAUCCAUCCCCCCCCCCCCAGGCAGAAGGCUUGAUAUCUCUUCCAUUUGCCUGCUUCCAUCUUCUUCUCCUUCUUCACCCUGAAUCGGCACAAUGAACCUUCUCACCACCUUCUCUUGCUUGGUCGCCUUCCUCCUCCCGUUCGCCCCUUUUGUCUCCGCCGUGAAAUUGAUCAAGUCGAAUUCCCUUACGACUUGCCAGGAGGAUUCAAAGUUCACCACCAGUCUAUUCAAUAUCCUCCUCACACCCGACAAUAACACCCUUCAUGUGCAGGUUAUUGGGGUCUCGUCAAUUACCGGCUACGUUACCGCAGAUGCCCGAGUGCUCGCCUAUGGACAUCAAAUAUUAAAUGAGAAACUAAACCCUUGUAAUAUUAAAGGCGUCGAUUUGAAAACCCUUUGCCCCAUGCGGGCUGGCCCCAUCGAUUACGAUUUCAACAUCCCGGAUCUUCCCAAGGACACGCUCAGCAGUAUUCCAACCGUUGCAUACGGAGUCCCCGAUCUGGACCUUAAGAUCAGGGUCUACAUCAAUGAAACUGCAACUGGUAAGAGCAUUGCUUGUCUAGAAGCGCGGCUUUCCAACGGCAAUACGGUCUAUCAGAAACCUGUGGGUUGGAUUGUCGCCAUAGUUGCCGGUCUUGGAUUGGUUGCUUCUGCAAUCACUUCCGGGCUUGGCCAUUCCAACACCGCUGCCCAUGUUGCAGCUAAUGCGCUCUCCCUAUUCGGCUUCUUCCAGGCUCAGGCUAUGGUCGGAAUGUCCAGCGUCACUCUCCCACCAAUCGUUCAGUCCUGGACCCAAAACUUCCAGUGGAGCAUGGGUAUCAUCCAAGUUGGUUUUCUACAGAGGAUUUGCACUUGGUACCAACGAUCGACUGGCGGGGAGCCUUCCAUAAUUCUAUCCAAACUCGGAUCUACCUCCGUUCAUGUGCAGAAGCGUUCCAUUGAAUGGGGCAAUGAAUUUCUCGCCAAUGUUCCGCAUCUUUUGAAGCGAACAAACAACGAGAAGAGUAAGCAGAAAGUGGAGGAUACCAUUGUUCGGGGAAUUGAAAGAGUUGGAUUCCGUGCUAAUAUCGAGAGGACGAACAUCUUCAUGACUGGCUUGAUCUUUUUCGUCUUUUUUGUUGUCGUUGUCCUGGGGCUGGUUGCAUUGUUCAAAGGAUAUUGCGAGAUUGCGUCCAAGAAAGGCUGGAUUAAGGGUGAUAAGUUUCAGGACUUCCGAAACGGAUGGAAGGUUAUCAUGAGAGGCAUUUUGUUCCGAUUGGUACUUAUCGGUUUUCCGCAAAUGUGCAUCCUCUGUCUAUGGGAACUUACUAAACGAGAUUCGCCUGCCGAGGUUGUUUUGGCCGUAUUCAUGCUCAUUUCAAUGUGCGCGUCUCUAGGUUUCGCUGCAUUUACCGUCAUUCGUCUGGCCAAGAAAUCUGUGGAGCUACACAAAAAUCCAGCAUAUAUCUUAUACUCAGACCCUUCAGCUCUGAACAAGUGGGGUUUCCUCUAUGUUCAGUACAGGGCAACGGCCUACUACUGCGUCAUCCCCGUCCUAGUCUAUAUCUUGGUUAAGGGCAUGUUUGUCGGAUUGGCACAGCCGGCUCCCCUUGUUCAAGCUAUUGCUCUCCUUAUCAUUGAAGCUGCUGUCCUGAUCGCUGCCAGCGUGAUGAGGCCAUGGAUGGACAAAAAGACUAAUAUUUUCAACAUCUCGAUCGCUGCGGUCAAUUUUUUUAAUGUCAUUCUGCUCCUCUUCUUCACCCAAGUAUUUAACCAGCCUGGCCUUGUCACUGGCGUCAUGGGCGUCAUCUUUUUCGUUGUCAACGCAGUACUCGCCCUUAUCCUACUUAUUCUAGUCUUGAUCUCAUCGGUGUAUGCUAUCGUGUCCAAGAAUCCCGAUACACGAUAUCAACCAAUGAGAGACGACCGCGGAUCCUUCAUCAAGUCUCAGACUCAGCUGACAACGGAGCUCGAUGCUCUUGGAGCGACUGCGCGCGGUGAAUCGAAAUCAUUCGAAGACUCGUCCUCACUAUCUGGCGGAUACCCUAACCGGGCCGAUUCGCCUGCACAAACCCUACAACGCCAACAACCUCUGUCUCCUCUGGAUUCCUCUGUACCUUUAUUCCCUGCCGACAACCAAGUUCGUAAUGCUCCACCCCCAACAUAUCAGAGCCAGGUUCCAAGCGGAGGCGCAGGAUACUCUAGAGCACAAAACAUCUCGCCAGCGCCCCGAAACCUUACCACAUCGCCAUUCCCGCAUUCUCCAACGGCGACUUCGAAUCCGGCUCAGUAUAGAAUGAACAACAACAGCAGUCCAUGGCAACGUGGCGCAGGAUACGAGCAUUAAAGUUUUUGGCGGGUAGAACGAUGCUAGCGUUUGGUCGUUUUCCCCGAGAAUGAAGAGAUGACCAGUUCCAUGGGCUAGGAAAUGGGUUUUCCUUUGCCUUGCUUUAUUUUCCUAAUAAUAGGUUCUUUGGGUCUUGCUCUCUGGCGUCAUUAAGGGCUAUUGUUCUGUUUUUAUAUUUCUUGUUCUUGUUCUGUUCAUCGUACGCUAUUUUCUUUUGAAUGAAUGGACUCGAAACAUUCAAUCAUCCGCACCCCACCAAUGAUACACCUUGCCUUUUUCAUUUGCAAACCUGCUCUGCCGUUUUCCUAUGUCCCUCCCAGGCGUUUUAUAUGGUACUUUCACGUAAUUCGUGGCAAAGAGACACGGAUGUGUUGCAUUUCUACUUUCCUUCUCUUUUCCUUUCCCUUCUCUAUUUGCCCUUUACUUUUCCUUCGUCCUUUUAUUUUCCGACAUUUUUUUGUCUCAAAUCUUCGUAUGUAUAUUUUUUAACAAAAACACAUCUGCCUUCUUUGUCUCAUCUUGAACCUUACUAACCUUGGCUUCCUUUCAUAUAAAUGAUCAUUCAUGUCACUAUAUAUUUUCCUCAUUUAAACCUUGCAUGCAUUCCUUGUCUAUCAUUUCACUCUUGAAGUUUACUCUUUAUGUAUUUUGUUUUGCUACUUAAUUCUUCAGGAGAGAAACAUUAGAUACUCACAGAUUCACUCUCAAUCUCAUUCUUGAUCUCUCUUCAUUUCUUUCUUCUAAGUUGCAUGUACAUGCAUUUUCAUAUUUUGCUUGUUAAUUUUCAUUUAUUUCCCCUCUUUCAUUUGUAACUAUAAUACAAUCAAACUUCUCAUCUAAAAAUACAACACAGCCUCUUUCUUGAUUUUAUAUUUCCCAUGGAUGAUUGAUUAUAAGAUAUAAAAUAAAAUCAAAUCAACACCCCGUCAACUAAGAGAGUCUCACUCAAAAUCUGC